GAGAGCGAGAGAGGAAUCCAGGCAGCGGGAGCGAUGGAGCCGAAGAAGAUAAGCGGGGCUCCGAAAGCCGUGGUGGUGGGAGGGAGCAUAGCGGGACUAUCGUGUGCCCACGCCCUGAUCUCCGCCGGGUGGCAAUUGACGGUGAUCGAGAAGUCCGGAGCAGCGCCGUCCGGAAGCCCCACAGGUGCUGGCCUCGGACUCGAUCCCCAGUCCCUGGAAAUCGUUGGCCGUUGGAUCUCCAACACGGAUCUCCUUCGCGAUAUUACCUUAUCCCUCUCCAUCGACCUGAACCGAGCAACGGAUGGUGAGAAGAAGAUAAGCUGGACACUGACAAGAGAUGAGAAUUUCAACUUCAGAGCAGCCCACUGGACCGAUCUCCACUCAAUUUUACUCAAGGCUUUGCCAGCUCGGAUAAUUCUCUGGGGUCAUCAGCUCCUCUCCUUUGAAAUUUCAGAUGACAAGUCUUCUGUUAAAGCCAAAGCUAUAGUAAUCCAAACAAAUGAUGUUGUGGAAAUUGUCGGGGAUUUGCUUAUCGCAGCUGAUGGGUGCCUGUCAAGUAUCCGCCAGCAUUUCCUUCCAGAUUUCAAGCUGAGGUAUUCAGGCUACUGUGCAUGGAGAGGAGUGUUAGAUUUUUCAGGAAAAGAGAGUUCAGAUACCAUAGCUGGAAUUCACAGGGCUUAUCCAGAACUUGGGAAUUGCUUGUACUUUGAUUUGGCCCGUGGAACACAUUGUGUGCUCUAUGAGCUGAAAAACAACAGGUUGAAUUGGCUUUGGUACAUCAAUGGACCUGAACCAACGCUAAAGGGGAACUCACUGACUAUGAAAGCAAGUGAUGAGAUGACCAAAAAGAUGCAUAUGGAGGCGGAGAAGGUCUGGCUACCUGAAUUGGUCAAGGUCAUGAAAGAAACGAAGGAACCUUUCAUCAAUGUAAUAUAUGACAGCGAGCCCCUUCCCCAGCUCUUUUGGGACAAUGUGGUAUUAGUUGGAGAUGCAGCUCAUCCAACCACUCCUCAUGGCUUGAGAAGCACCAACAUGUCAAUCCUAGAUGCUGGAAUUUUGGGCCAGUGCCUUGACAAGUGGGGAUUGGAGAAUCUAGGUUUAGCUCUGAAAGAAUACCAGAUGAUCCGGCUUCCAGUGAUCUCGGAGCAAGUGCUACAUGCUCGGAAGUUAGGACGUCUCAAACAAGGUCUAGUUCUUCAUGAUCAGAAGACUUUUGAUCCCAAGAUGGCCACUCCAGAGGAAUGCCUGCAACUUAUGCAAAGAAGCAUGCCUUAUUUUCACGGUGCUCCUCCUAUUUCCACUCCCAAUUAGUUUUAUGCUUUUAUUAAAUACGAUACUGUAAGUUGCUGUGCCAACCAAGCAUUGGGGUCUCCCAAUAUUUUUCCUCUUCUUUUAAAAGAAAAAAGUUUCAGACAUACAGCAAUAAAAUAUUUUUAUUUGUGGA